CAGGGUCUAGGGUCGUUUGAGGAGUUUUCUGUGUAUUUUACCGAGGAGGAGUGGGAUCUGCUGAAUCCUGACCAGAAAGCUCUAUAUAAAGAAGUCAUGGAGGAGAACUGUUACAGAACCCAUUACAAAAUCCACACAGGAAAGAAACCAUACAAAUGUUUAGAGUGCGGAAAGAGCUUUUGUCAAAGUUCGGACCUCAUUACCCAUAAAAGGAUCCAUGUAGGGGUGAAACCAUUUAAAUGCUUGGAAUGUGGGAAGGGCUUCUGUCAGAAGACACUUCUUGCUACCCAUCAAAGAAUUCACACACAGGAGAAACCACAUAAAUGCCUGGAUUGUGGAAAGGACUUUCGUUACAGUUCUGCCCUUAUUACUCAUCAAAGGAUCCACACAGGCAAAAAGCCAUAUAAAUGCUUGGAAUGCGGAAAGAGCUUUUGUCAGAAGAUAAGUCUCAUUUCUCAUCAAAGAAUUCACACAAGGGAAAAACCACAUAAGUGCUUGAAAUGUGGAAAGAGCUUUCGUCACAGUUCUGCUCUAACUACCCAUCAAAGGAUCCAUACAGGGGAGAAACCAUAUAAAUGCUUGGAAUGUGGAAAGAGCUUUCGACACAGUUCUGCUCUAACUACCCAUCAAAGGACCCACACAGGGAAGAAACCAUAUAAAUGCUUGGAAUGUGGAAAGGACUUUUGUCAGAAGAUAAAUCUCACUAGUCAUCAAAGAAUUCACACAGGAGAAAAGCCUUUUAAAUGUUUGGAGUGUGGAAAGAGCUUCGGUCAGAGGGCUUACCUUACUUUCCAUCAGAGAAUCCACAAGGGGGACAAACCACAUAAAUGCUUGGAGUGCGGAAAAAGCUUCAUGCAGAAGAGAAGGCUCACUUCCCAUCAGAGAAUUCAUACGGGGGAGAAACCCCAUAAAUGCCCGGAAUGUGGAAAGAGCUUCUGUCAAAAAGCAGAUCUCACUAUUCACCAAAGAAUUCACACGGGGGAGAAGCUACACAGAUGCCUGGAGUGUGGAAAGAGCUUCACUCGGAAGACAAAUCUCACAAUUCAUCAAAGAAUUCAUACGGGGGAGAAGCCACAUACAUGCCGGGAAUGUGGAAAGGGCUUCAGUCAGAAGGCACACCUCACUACCCACCAAAGAAGUCACACGGGGGAGAAGCCACACAAAUGCUUGGAGUGUGGAAAGUGCUUCACAGAGAAAAGAGCUCUGGCUUCUCAUCAAAAAAUCCACACGGGGGAAAAGCCACAUAAAACUCUCGAGCGUGGAAAGGUCUUUAAUCACAGUUGCGACCUUAUUAAUAGGCCUACCUGUGGCAAAAUGGCUAGCAGUAGCAACAGCUGCAGCAACACGGGCCAGACUGAUUUCCCCCCAGUUAUAUUAGUCCAUCUUCCUCCUAGUACUACUUGCGUUGGGCAGCAUCAGCUACCUAUCCCGAUUCCUCACUUUCCUGAAUCUUCUGGUAGCGGGGACAAGCCUUCUCUUACUGCCGGGGUGUUGUUUGAGGAGGCAGGAGGCACUGCCAGCAGCAGCAGUCUUGCAGAGUCAUCUAUUUUAGUCGGAGAAGGGAGAGAGCUCAGCCCACUGAUGGACAUCAGCUUAUCUGAGGAAGUGUCUGUAUUGGAUGCCCUCAGCUUGAUUGAAGGGGAAGAUCUCUUCCACUGCUCUUCCCUAGGCAGAGGUGCUUCUGUCUGGAGCACUGUGGAGCAGCAGGAGCACACCCCACCAGUGCCGCAAGGGGGUACCUCCUGCGGUUCCCCCGCUGCUCCUGGGGUGGCGCUGACCCCCCAGACCGAAGGCAGCCAGCCUGAUUCACCGCAGAAGCGGCAGAGCACCGUGUGGGAGCACUUUGAGGUGGGGGUGGAUCCCAGCACCGCUGUCUGCAGCCACUGCAGGCGGGUAAUGAGCAGGGGCAGAGACGCGGCACAUUAUAGUACCAGCAGCCUGCGCUUGCACUUAAGGAGGCAGCACCCGUCCAUCGUGCUAGGAGCACAGGAAGCCAAGUCCCAGCAGUCAGGGAGCAAGGGUAAACGGGUGGCAACCUAGUGCCAGGAGUAAGGGCAAAGUCCUCUGCCAAAUCUCUUGUCUCUCCCAUGCCAAGAAGCCUAGGCAGGCAACAGUAGGGAGGAGGUGGAACAAGGGAGGUGGGUCACGAGGUGGAGGUUUCGAACACCAGACCCGAUCGCAAAAUGCACGGAAGACGGUUGUGAUGAAAUGGAUUGGCAUCAAAACUAAAACCAUAUACGUGUAACCAAGUGUUUGGUAAGAGUAAUUUAAAGUAGUUCAUAGGUAACAAUAAAUAAUAAACAUGGAAUGAAUAAACUUAAUAAAAACAGUUUAUCCAAAUAUAUGCAACGUUAUCAAAACUCUACUUGGCGUCAAAUGCUUUAGGUCUUCUAGAGUGAUCUUCAUUACAUGUCUGUAUGUACACAGCCACUUUUUGGCUUGAAUAUCAGAUGUUGGAAAACAGUUUGCAAAUAAUGGCAAAUACCGGUACUGUAUAUGUCUCUAAUAGCAUUUAUUAUAUCUAAUAAUAUUGAUUCUAUAUUUGCAGGUGUUACACUGCAUGGGUGUUGUUGUUUUUUUAAUUAUUUGCUACAUUAAAUUGUUCUUUCCAGAUAAUUGGUUAUGUGUAUAUGAUUUUAGGUGUUAUCCCAAACUGUUGUUUUAGAACAACCUGAUGGCUCUUGUCUUAUUUCAUGCACUAUUUUUGUCACGCUACCUUAAGUGGGAGAGUGGUGCCCCCCAGUGCUAGGCAUGCAGGGAGAAAGUGUGUUCCCUUGGGUGCUGUUACCAGUGCCACAUAAUCCUGGUUCCUCAAUUGUGAAAAAUCAAUAUUUUAGUGCAGCAGCAUCUACACAUUGGAACUCCCUGCCUAUUGACACCAGACGGAUGCCUUUGCUGUACUCUUGUUUUGCUCCUGCUUAAAACAGUUUUAUUUAGACAAGCCUAU